UCCCCCGGCCAAUUUCCUGUUGGGUGGAGCCUUGGAUGUGCUUGCAUUGGCCUUUUGCUGAUGCAGUAGCCACACGACAAGGUAGUGUUCUCCCCCCGCCAGAGCAGAGAGGGAAACUAGAAAAGACAUCGCCACUCACGAUCCGAAAGCCCCAUUGAACACCUGAGUGUCCUCACGGUCCUCACCACUGCCUCCACCAAAAACCGCUACUGUAGGAUUUGAUCGUCAAUGCCAACUCCCUUCAAGCUUCGAGUGAAGGAAGAAGUGAAGAACAUCUACCUCCAAACAUUCUCUCUCUCUAAUUAGAGAAAACAAUCCCAACCAAUUCUUCACAAAAAAGCAGGUCGAUCGAGCAAAACCAUUAGGUGAGAGAGAUUUACUUGUCAGAACUACCAAAUGUUGGGUCAAGAACAACAAACCCCAGCAAAAGAUGUUUCAGAGGUGAUACUGAAUGAGGAAGACGAUGAGCACGACGCUAAGGAGUGUGUUCUUCAGAGGUAUUUUCUUCAAGAAUGGAACAAACUCAAGUCUCUCCUUGAUGACAUUGUCGUCAAUGGCUGCGUCUCCGAUCCCUCCGCUGUCAACAAGAUCCGUUCUAUUCUAGAGAAGUAUCAAGAACAGGGUCAAUUGCUAGAGCCUUACUUGGAGAGCAUUAUUGUGCCACUUAUGUCCAUUGUCCGCUUAAAAACAAUUGAGCUGGGGGUGAUCUCUGAUGAAAUUCUUGACAUAAUUAAGCCUUUGUGCAUUAUUAUUUAUUCUCUUGUUACGGUUUGUGGAUACAAGGCUGUUAUCAAGUUCUUCCCACAUCAGGUCUCUGAUUUAGAACUUGCUGUCUCUCUUUUAGAGAAGUGUCACCACACAACAACGACGACAUCAUUGCGGCAAGAAAGUACUGGAGAGAUGGAGGCAAAGUGUGUCAUACUUCUGUGGCUUUCUAUCCUUGUUUUGGUGCCUUUUGAUAUCUCCACUGUGGACACUAGUAUUGCAAACAGUAACUUUGUUGGUGGGACAGAGCCGUCUCCUUUAGUAUUAAGGAUAUUAGGGUUCUCUAAGGAUUACCUUUCAAAUGCUGGCCCUAUGCGUUCCAUAGCUGGGUUGCUGCUCUCAAGGCUUUUAACACGUCCAGACAUGCCAAAGGCCUUUACCAGCUUCAUUGAAUGGGCACACGAAAUUUUAUCAUCCGUCACAGAUGAUGCUGUUGACCAUUUGCAAUUACUUGGUGUUGUUGGAGCAUUGGCAGCCAUUUUCAAGGCUGGUGGUCGAAAUUUUUUGCUUGAUCUGGUUCCUGUUGUUUGGAAUGACACCUUGAUCUUGAUAAAAUCCAAUGCUGCAACUCGAAGUCCCUUACUUCGCAAGUUUCUGGUGAAAUUAACUCAGCGGAUUGGUCUUACUUGCCUCCCGCAUCGUUCUCCAUCUUGGCGCUAUGUGGGAAAAAGCCGUUCACUGGGAGAGAAUAUUUCAGUUUCAGAAAAUAUUACGGACAAACAUGAUCGAUGUGGUCAUUAUCCGAAUGUGGACUCCUGGAACUCAAAUCAAAAUGCAAGUUGCAUGCAAGAAGACGAUAUGGAUGUUCCAGAAACUGUAGAGGAGAUUAUUGAGGUGCUGCUGUCAGGAUUGAGAGAUACAGAUACGGUUGUCCGCUGGUCUGCAGCAAAAGGUUUAGGUCGCAUAACUUCACGUUUGACAUCUGAACUUGCAGAUGAAGUCCUAUCAUCAGUAUUGGAGCUUUUCUCUCCAGUUGAGGGUGAUGGUUCAUGGCAUGGAGGUUGCUUAGCAUUAGCUGAAUUGGCCCGUAGAGGUUUGCUGUUACCUAGUAGUCUUCCUAAAGUUGUUCCAUUUAUUAUAAAGGCACUACAUUAUGACAUUCGUAGAGGUCCACAUAGUGUUGGAUCCCAUGUACGUGAUGCUGCUGCCUAUGUUUGUUGGGCAUUUGGCCGCGCAUACUAUCACUCGGACAUGAAAGACAUUUUGGAGCAGCUUGCUCCCCAUCUUUUGAUGGUGGCCUGUUACGACCGUGAGGUCAAUUGUCGAAGAGCAGCUGCAGCUGCUUUUCAGGAAAAUGUUGGAAGACAGGGGAGUUAUCCAAAUGGAAUUGACAUAGUCAAUGCGGCAGACUAUUUUUCACUUUCCUCACGAGUAAAUUCCUAUCUUAAUGUUGCUGCAUGCAUUGCUCGGUAUGAGGGGUACCUUAAUCCUUUUGUGGAAGAAUUGCUGUUCAACAAAAUCUGUCAUUGGGAUAGAGGUUUGAGAGAACUUGCUGCAGCGGCCCUAUGUGCUCUUGUAAAAUAUAAGCCGGAAUAUUUUGCCACUACUGUGCUAGAAAGAUUAAUUCCCUGUUCUCUUUCAACCGAUCUGUGUAUGCGUCAUGGAGCUACUAUUGCUGUGGGGCAACUUGUUUUGGCUGUCCAUCAGUGUGAUCAUGUGCUUUCUACUGAUAAGCAGAAAGCUGUUGCGGGUAUAGUUCCUGCUAUUGAGAAAGCUCGCCUUUAUCGUGGCAAGGGUGGAGAAAUCAUGCGUUCUGCUGUUUCACAGUUCAUCCGUUGUAUCUCUCUCAGUCAUGUGUUCGUGCCGGAGAAAACAAAGAGAAGUUUGCUCGAUACUCUUAAUGAAAACUUGAGGCAUCCCAAUGCUCAGAUACAGACUGCUGCUGUUGAAGCCUUGAAACACUUUGUUCCUGCAUAUCUUGUCUGGGUUGAUGAUGGAGGUGCUAAUGGUAUCACAUCGAAGUACCUGGAACUUCUAUCUGAUCCUAAUGCUGCAGCAAGGCGAGGAUCUGCACUGGCCCUGGGUGUCUUGCCGCCGGAGUUUUUGGCUACUAGAUGGAGGGAUGUUUUAUUAAAGCUUUGUAGCUCUUGUGCUAUUGAGGAUAACCCUGAUGAUAGAGAUGCUGAAGCACGUGUAAAUGCUGUCCGAGGCCUUGUUUCUGUAUGUGAAACAUUAAGCAAGACAAUGAAACCCUCUGUUUCUCUUUCUCUAGAGGAUUAUAGGGCACUGUAUCUUCUGAUAAAAAAUGAAGUCAUGCAGGCCUUGUUUAAAGCCCUUGAUGAUUAUUGUGUAGAUAACAGAGGUGAUGUUGGUUCAUGGGUCCGUGAGGCUGCCAUGGAUGGUCUUGAGAAAUGUUCAUAUAUCCUUUGUGAGAGAGAAUCUGUGGGCUUCCCAACAAAAAUGCCUGGAGUUGAAAACACUGCUCUGCUGGAGAGUGAAGUCUCUGAAAAUGAUCAUAGUCAUUCACUUUUUGAUGCAAGUCUUGCAACGAGCUUAAUUGGAGGCCUUCUAAAACAAGCUGUUGAAAAAAUUGAUAAACUAAGAGAAACAGCUGGAAAGAUUCUUCAAAGGAUUUUGUCCAAUGAGAGGAUUCUUGUCCCCUGCAUACCCUACAGGGAAAAGCUAGAAGAAAUUGUUCGUAAUGAAGUGGAUGUCAAGUGGGGAGUGCCCACUUUCUCGUAUCCACGUUUUCUGCAAUUGCUUCAAUUUAGUUGCUACAGCAAGUUUUUGAUUUCUGGGUUAGUAAUCUCUGUUGGAGGAUUGCAAGAUUCCUUGCGGAAGGCAUCACUCACGGCGCUGUUAGAAUAUCUUCAAGAUCCCAAAAAUGAUAAAAGUGAAGGAAGAUCCAGAGAGUAUAUGCUUGCUUCUGACCUCCUUUGGGUUCUCCAACAUUAUAGGAGACGUGACAGGGUCAUCAUACCUGCUUUGAAGACCAUUGAGAUUCUUUUCAGCAAAAAGGUCUUCUUGCAGAUGGAGGAGGUCGCGAUGAUUGUUCUGGUUUAUUCGGCGAUGGCAAAGAUGCAUGGAGGGACGAAUCCUACCGAUGUGGAGGGAAGGCUCAUGGCGGAAGCUCGGCAGAAAUUGGCGGAAUUGUGUGAAGCACUGGCUCCGAAGGAUAUCCUUUCUAGUACUGCUGUUAAGGCUGUUAUUGAGGAUCUUGGGCUUAACAAUAGAUUGAAAGAUCAGAGGUUAGGGUUUCAUCCUCCAAAGAUGUCUAUUGCGGAGAGGUUGCUGCUCACAAAGAGAAAGGCUCAUACUGCUGAAUUCUUUCCUGGAGUUUUGGAUUCCCUUGCCAUUGAGCUGAAGGGAUCAAAGGACUUCUCCAAGUUAUAUGCUGGCAUUUCCAUUCUUGGAUAUAUAGCUGCUAUGCUGGACCCGUUGAACACUCUGGCCUUUCGUCAGCUUCUAACCUUUCUUGGCCAUCGAUACCCAAAGAUACGGAAGGCUGCUGCUGAUCAGGUGUACCUUGUGCUCUUGCAAAGUGGUAAUCUUGUGGCAGAGGACAAAAUGGGGAAGGCACUUGAAAUCCUUUAUGAAACUUGUUGGGAUGGUGACUUAGAGGAAGCAAAGCACCAAAGGUCACAAUUGUAUGAAAUUGCUGGCUUGGAAACUAGAGUUUUGAUGACUAGCAGCAGAGAGUCAGACAAAAAUAAUGACAAAAGAGCCACAGCUGAUGAAAAUGCAUCAUAUUCCUCAUUAGUUGGCUCAUCUGGGUUCUGAAACCAGAUAUUUUGAUGUACCGUUUCUGCUGGAGUAUGUGUGGGAAUCAAAACCAUUCUAUUUCUUUCCCCAUUAUUUAUGAGUUACUUUGAGGCUCUUGCCAAAAUUCAAAGUGGCUUUUGUAGUUUUGUAUCCAGGGUCGGAAAUCUAAUGAAAACUAUUUAUGUGGUAUCAAUAUAUGUGCCCUAUCUUCAGUAGUUAGAAUCCAAAUUAGAGCCAGUUCAUUAGGUAUUCUGCAGGAAUUGAAGAAUGGCUCAUCAAAGCUUGAAUGGUCUGAUUUGUUCAUCAUUCUUCUCUGAUCUAUGGAAUGCCUUUUUAUUUCUUCAUCAUUGAGAUUGAAGAAUACUGUAAAUUCUCAUUGUGACAGCCUCUUCAAAAAAAUUUCUUUUUGGUUA